AUGACAAUUUACAAUCUCGUUAUCGACUUUGAAAGCGACGAGGCCAUCGUUGAUCUCAAAACAAACGAUUUAGAAUCCGGAAUUUUGGCACCUCGCGUACAAGUCUUCCGUCAGAUUAUAAAAGAUCAUAUCAAGAAUGGCUAUGAAUGCCAGGUGGCAACGUACAUACUCUCCAACACCGAGGCCACUGAAUAUCAAGCUUUAAUUCCAUGCGUCGCCGACUUCUCGUUCGUCCAGAACAAAGACACACCUUCCAAAAGCAACCCGCUUGUUCUGAUGUAG